CGAUUUAAGCAUAUUAUAUCUGUAAGCAUAUUAUAUCUGUAAGCAUAAUUUUAUUAUUUUGGAUCAUUAUUGUCAUAUAUUUCUUCUUUUUUUCUUAUACUUUCUCUCUCUCUCUCUCUCUCUCUUUCUCCAUCAUCAUCUUCCUUCAUCAUCAUCUUCAUCACCAUCACUAUCUCUAAUUAUUUGUAGAGUACUCGUCGUCGUCGUCUUCCUCACAACACAUCGUAGUCUCUCCUUUUGUUGUUGUUGAUGUUGUUGCGUUGCAAAUGAAAAAUAAUUUCUUGGUUGUUUAAAAAUUACAAGAAAAAAUUAUAGUAAUACUAAUAAUAUAUAAUAAUUAUAAUAAUAAUUAAUAUUGUUAUCCGUAAUUAUCCAUAAUUUCGUUUAAGCUAGAAGUUCUCGUCAGGUAUAUUUUUCAAUAUUAAAUCAUCAUCUACCGUUACAUAUAUCAGUAACUAACAAUAACAACAACAUCAUUAUUAUAAUCUACAACAACAACAACAAUAAUAAUAACAAUAAUAAUAGUAAUAAGUCUACUGGUCUAUCAAAUAUUGGAUAACAGCUACAGCUUUUUGGCUACUUCAUAAUUUUAUAAAAAUAAUAAAAAUCCGUUGGUUUGAAUUUGCUAACUGUUGCCGUCCGGUUUCUAAACAAUUAUAACUUAUUUUUCUUCUUGCAACGACAAAAAAAUAAUUUCGAAAGAUGUCAGGACGCGCAGAAGCCGGUGGGGACAUGGUCCUGAUCAGAGGAAAACUGGCCGCCAAGUACGACAUGGCGGCAGAAGCAGAGGUCAUUGAAUGGUUCCGUCAGAUUCUCAACAUCAACCUGCCCGAUGGUAUGAUCAACUUUGGAAGGGCUCUAUCGGAUGGCCAGGCCCUCAUCAAUUUGGCAAAAGUUGUCCAGCAGAACUCCGAAUACUGCCCGCCACCGGCUGCCAAAAUGAUCCUGAAACCCAAUAAAGGCGAUGUUGCUUUCAAACAGAUGGAGAACAUUCAAAACUUUCUGAACUUUUGCGAAAACUACGGAGUACCUCACACCAACCUUUUUCAGACUGUGGAUCUCUUCGAGGGUAGGAACAUGCCCCAGGUCCUCGCCUGCAUCCAGGGACUGGGCAGUGAGUGCCAGCGUAACGGCUUCAAGGGUCCUGUCAUUGGUCCCAAGCCAGCCGAGAAAAACCAACGUGGUUGGACAGUGGAACAGUUGAAAAAGGGGCAUACGAUCAUUGGCCUUCAAUCAGGGACCAAUAGAUUUGCCACCCAAUCAGGAAUGACGAUGGGCGGAGUUAGACAUGUUGCUGACAUCAGAGCAGACGACAUGACUAAGGAGGGCCAGGGCGUGAUUGGUCUACAGGCUGGUACCAACAAGUUUGCCACCCAAUCAGGAAUGAGGAUUGGAUCCGUGCGUCACGUGGCUGAUAUCAGAACUGACGACAUGACGAAGGAGGGCCACGGGGUAAUCGGGCUGCAAGCAGGAACCAACAAGUACGCUUCUCAGUCUGGCAUGACGAUGGGCGGAGUGAGACACGCAGCAGACAUCAGAGCAGACGACAUGACGAAAGAGGGCCACGGCGUGAUUGGUCUGCAGGCCGGUACUAACAAAUACGCCACCCAAUCAGGAAUGAGGAUUGGAGGAGUUCGUCACGUGGCUGACAUCAGGGCAGACGACAUGACAAAAGAAGGACAGGGCGUUAUUGGUCUUCAGAUGGGUACCAACAAAUUCGCUAGCCAAUCAGGCAUGACGUUCGGUGGCGUUCGUCACGUGGCCGACAUUAGAGCAGAUGACGUCACGAAAGAAGGAUCGUCUGUGAUUGGUCUGCAGAUGGGCAGCAACAAGUUUGCCAGUCAAACAGGAAUGAGUUUUGGGGCAGUUCGUCAUGUUGCUGACAUCAGAGCAGAUGACCUAUCAAAAGAUGGCUCCUCCGUGAUUGGCUUGCAGAUGGGAACUAACAAAUUCGCCAACCAGAAGGGCAUCAGUUUCGGGGCCGUUCGUCACGUCAGCGACAUCAAGGUGAACGAGCUAUCGAAAGAAGGUGCGGGAGUGAUAGGAUUGCAGGCGGGAUCAAACAAGGGAGCCAGUCAGACGGGAAUGUCAUUCGGAGGUGUCCGUCACGGUGGGGACAUCAGAGUGGACGAACUUUCAAAGGAAGGAGCAUCGGCGGUCAACUUGCAGUACGGAAACCCGUACGGUGCCAACCAGAGCGGCAUGUCCUUCGGAGGUAGGAGGGACAUCGGUGGCUACUCACAGCCGCAGCAUGACUCCAACAACUACUACAACAACGACCAGCCGUAUGGAGAUAACGGUUAUUACGGUCAAUCCGAUCCUAACAGCGGAUACUACAACCAACAGCCACAAAGUUACUACAACCAAGAACCACAGAAUUAUUACAAUCAAGAGUCCAGUUACUAACGAUAGUAUAGAAUUGUUACUAGUGUUGAUGUUAGCAUUGUUUAAUCGAGAGGAUGUUUUAUAAUUAAUUAGAUAGCUACUACGAGUAUGGACUAUCCUGAUAGCUUGGUGAUAUAUAAUUAAUUAACUAAUUAAUUAAAAUUUCUAAUCAUAUCAAAUUUAUUAACCAUUAAUUAAUCUAUAGUUCAAUUUAUCUAUAUUAAUAUAUGCGUACGUUCAACAGAGCCAAUCACUUAAUGUCUGUUCUGUGUUUUUCACGUUGUUUUGUAACCAUUUUGUUUUAUUACAAGAAUAGGAAUUCACUUAUAAUUUUCUAUUUUAGGCCUUCGAAAUAAAUGAUUUUUAACGAAAAAAAUUGGAUUUUAAUUCAAAAA